UUUCCACACUUUGGGACAGUCGCGCGUGGAGGAGAAAGUGUGAUCCAUUCAAAAGAACACUGAAAAGAAAUUCAUGUGACAGUGUGUUAGAGAAAUUUGUUGUGUUUUCCUUGUUUUUGUGCUACUUUUUCCACUAAUUAUUUACCAUGUUUAUUAGAUCAUUAGCGCGGAGAUUCUCAAGUCAGCUGCAGAGCAAGGUCCCUCGAACACCUGUCAAGGGCAAGGUUUUUGUGGGUUUAGUGGCUUCUGGAGUUGCUUACGAUGGUGUAGUGAAUGAAUUUGGGACUCUGCAGGCUGUCACGAGAUUCCUCAGAUCACUGAGAAUUGCUGUCAGCAUCUCAUUGGACUAUACACUGUCCCUGAGGGGACUGGAAGAGGGCACAGAUGAGUACAGUGCGAGGAAGAAGGAAGUGCAUUUGAGAUGUGCUCAUCGAAUGCUGAAGGGCUGCCUGGCCAAUGGAGGACUGUACAUCAAGGUGGGUCAGGGUUUUGCUACUGUCAAUCACAUUUUACCACCAGAAUACACAGAAACCCUCCAAAAGCUCCACAAUGAAUGUCUGACGAGGAAAAAGGAUGAAGUUAAGAGGGUUUUUCUUGAGGAAUUUGGUCAGAAACCUGAAGAACUCUUUCAGGAAUUUGAUUACAAUCCCAUUGCAGCUGCCAGUCUUGCUCAGGUUUUCCAGGCAACGACGAAAGACGGCGAGAAAGUGGCAGUUAAAGUGCAAUAUAUAGAUUUGCAGAAGAGAUUUGCAGGAGAUCUGGGUACAAUUAUCUUCCUCCAGGACAUUAUUGAAAUUGUCCAUAAGAAUUAUAAUUUCGGUUGGAUCAUUCGGGAUAUCCGGAAGAAUCUGGAGAAGGAGUUGGAUUUUGUCAAUGAAGGAAAGAAUUCGGAGAAAUGUGCUAAGGAUCUGGCCAAAUUCUCCUAUGUCUAUGUACCCAGGGUCCGAUGGGAUCUCACAAAUACCAAAGUCCUAACCACGGAAUGGAUCGAUGGGGUGAAGAUGAAUCAAACGGAAGAGAUCAAGAGGAGAGGAUUUGAUCUGGCGGAUGUUGAUGUGAAGAUUUUCACGACAUUUUCCGAGCAAAUCUUCAACACGGGAUUCGUUCAUGGAGAUCCCCAUCCGGGAAAUGUUCUGAUUCGCCGCGGGAAAAACGGUAAAGCUGAAUUGGUAUUGCUGGAUCAUGGGCUCUAUGAAAAUGUUCCGGAUGAUGUCAAGGAUUCCCUCUGCCAUUUCUGGGAAGCAAUUGUACUGAAGGAUCACAAAACAAUGAAGGAAUACGCAACGAAGCUCAAUGUUAAAGGCUUAACCUUUAUCCUUUCAGAUCACUAUCGUUUUGCUGAGAUCCUGCUUCAGCGACCUCUGGAGACAAAGGGCAAAUUCACGACUCGUCUGACGGAUGAGGAGAUUGCGUACAUGCAGAAGAUCGCUCGGAAGCGCUUUGAUUUGAUUAUGGAGACCCUCAAAGAGAUGCCACGCAACUUGAUCUUUAUCGUACGAAAUCUUAAUAUCAUCCGGGCAGUGGCUAGGGAUCAUGGGGAUCCGGUGAAUCGGCCAAAAGUGAUGGCGCGCCACGCUGUGAAGUGCAUCAAUCGCGAGGGUGGAGUCUUUGCUAAUAUUGCGUAUUUUGUGCGUCGGCUGCGUUUUGAAUUUGGGCUGUUACGGAUGUCAUUCAACUACUGGCUCCUUACGGCUUACCUGAGCCUCCUCACGAAGCUGGGCAGGGCCCCGGAGACAAAAAGUCUCCUUCAGAUAAAUAUGGAGAAACGUGCGGACUAUUUGUAUUUGGUGGAAGAUGUGUGUUGUCUUUUCUGUGUGAUUACUUUUGAUAAGGGUGGACUGUGGGCCACCGAUAACACCAAUCUCGCGAGGAUGGUGACGGUUUUAUUUAUUCUCAAGAGCCUUCUGGCGCUCUUGAUUGUUCACGGACUUACGCGAUUUCUGCGGCGCAUCUCAAAGAAUUAUUACAUCGCAAAAAAUCUGAAUCUGCCUGGUCCGGAACCAUUUAGACCAAUUGUUGGCAAUAUGAGAGUUGUUAGCUUUAAAGGUCCUGUCGAGAUCUUCAAUUUCGCUCGAGAACUGGCCAGGAGGUACAAUUACCGUUCCUUCAAAAUUUGGGGCUUUGGUAUUCUAAACAUAAACGUCAUCAAUUGCCGCGAUGUCGAGACAAUGAUGUCCUCGUCCAAGCAUAGUGAUAAAAAUUUCCUCUACAAUUUCCUGCAUCCCUUCUUGGGAACAGGACUUCUCACAGCUAAUGGGAAGAAAUGGCAGCAUCGACGAAGAAUUCUCACUCCUACAUUCCAUUUUAAUAUUUUGAAGGAAUUCCUCGUGAUUUUCCAUGAAGAAUGUGAGAAAUUCAUUGAACUCCUCAAAAUGGAAGUGCAAAAGAAAAAUGGAAGUAAUUUGCCCCCCUUAACCAGCCACGUUACUCUGAAUACCGUCUGUGAGACUGCAAUGGGAGUCAAAUUGGACACGUACAAAGGUUCAGUGGAAUACAAGAAUUCCAUUAGGAAUAUCGGAGAACUCCUCCUGUUUCGUUUCCUCAGGCCAUGGCUAUAUAAUGACAAGGUUUAUAGUCUUCUCGGUUAUAGGAAAAAGCUCGAUGAUGAGCUUAUUCCAGUUCAUUCAUUCACCAAAAUGAUCAUAGAUCACAGAAGGGAGAAUUUCCUAGAAAGCCUUCCCAAGCUGGAUCAAAAUGACAAUAUCUACGAAACCAAGAAGAAAAGGUAUGCAAUGCUGGAUACUCUUCUGUCAGCUGAAGCUGAGGGAUUGAUUGAUGCUGAAGGAAUCCGGGAAGAAGUGGACACAUUCACUUUUGAAGGACACGACACUACUUCUGCUGCUCUUACUUUUAUUUUCUUGCUUCUAGCACAUCAUCCUGAUGUCCAGGAGAAAGUCUAUGAGGAAAUAAAAGCCGCUCUUGAGGCCAAUAAUAAUGAACCACUGGCGACAAAUGAACUUAAUGAUCUUGAGUACACUUCCAGAGUGAUAAAGGAGUGCCUUAGAAUUUACCCUCCAGUUCCUUUUAUCACCCGAUCAGUCACAGAAGACAUGAAGAUUGAGGAUGAUACCAUUCCUGCUGGCGCCAUUGCUCAUAUUCACAUCUUCGACCUCCAUCGUGAUCCUGACCAAUUUCCAGAUCCUGAACGUUUCGAUCCCGACAGAUUCACUCCCGAAAACUCCGAAAAGAGGCAUCCCUUCGCCUAUGUUCCCUUCAGUGCUGGCCCGAGGAACUGCAUUGGACAGAAGUUCGCGCUACUGGAGAUCAAGGUAGUGCUCCAGCAUGUGCUCACAAACUUCAAGCUUAGUCCAGUGACCAAGCGCGAAGAGAUUGAAUUUGUGGGCGAUAUCAUUUUGCGCGCCAAAAAACCGGUAAAAGUGCGAUUCCAUCUAAGAUAGAUGUUGAAUUGGUAUCAGAGUCCAAUUUAAUCACCUUUGAGUAUUCUGAUAAUGAGUCAGUUUUGUGUGUUAUUGCGCAAAUGGGGAAGACUGACCAUUAUGAUCAUCAUCAAAGAAAUAAGAGAAAGUGUAGACGAAUGAUUUUAUCGCAUUAAUAAAGGGUCA